GUGCUCCAGAGCUCCAUUUUGUGAGAGCCGUUGAAGCAGACAGUGCUCCGUCCCCGCGACCAGGCGACACCUAGAAACGACAAAAAAGUCGAAGUCAGCCGACGAACCGCUCGCCAACCAAGUUAUUAUCCGAAGGGAAAGCAAAUCUUAUCGUAUGUCCGAUAUCCAGAACCUCCAAACUUUUGACCCCUUUGCUGAUGCAAGUAAGGGUGAUGACCGCCUCCCAGCCGGGACAGAGGACUAUAUUCACAUAAGGAUCCAACAGCGGAACGGCAGGAAGACCCUCACCACUGUCCAGGGCAUUGGCCCUGACUAUGACAAGAAGAAGCUAGUCAAGGCCUUCAAGAAGAAGUUUGCUUGCAAUGGGACAGUGAUUGAGCACUCGGAGUAUGGUGAAGUGAUCCAGCUUCAGGGAGACCAGCGCAAGCUUAUCUGCGAGUUCCUCAUUGAAGUUGGCUUGGCCAGGGACGAGCAGCUCAAAGUCCACGGCUUCUAGAAGCUGCUAACAGCCCUCUCCCCUUCUCACCUAGAAGGCCAUUUAACUCCCCCCUCCUCCUAUGUGCUGCUGUUGCUCUUCCUCCCCCCUCUCCCCCCUUGCAACCCCACCAGCUCCUAUUAGCUAACACGUGAAUUACCUCUGACAAACAUGGGAUUCUCUAACACCACCGCCCCCCUACAACACCAGGGGGCAGGCUCGCUCUCACAAAGACACACCACUGCAGCUCCACACAACAUCAGGGAUGAGUGGUGAUGACCCUCCCACACACUUCCUCCUUCCCUUUCCCCGUUUGUUUAUUUCCUUUUUUAAUUUCCUCUUUUUAGGUCUUGUGCCACAACAUGGAGGCACCGUUUCAUGUAACUUUUUUGUUUUGUACUUCAAGGUAUUUCAAUAAAACGUUGAGUCUCCAUAUGUUGGAGUGGUGUCGUGGGGAAUGGGGGCUGGGUUUGUACAGGAAAGUUGUAGACUUAAUAUUUGUUUACUGCCAAGUGGGUACAUUUAGAAGAACAAAGGCUGCAGUUGGGAAGAGGGGGACAGAGGGAUUUUUUUUAAUAAGGCAUUUGCUGCAGAAGUCAGUCUCUAUAGUUUGCCACCAGAAGUGAGUUCCCUCUUUUCACUCUGCUUCAAUCUCCCACUGGCAUCACUCACACGCCCAGCUACCUGCUCUCAGGUUACAGAACAGAUUUGUGUAUAGUACUGACCAUCUCCACCACUAUCCAGCAAAUUUGUGUUUUGCUCUUAUUUAAUGGCACAUUUUUCUAACUUUUUUUUGUCAUUUGCCACCAAUCAAAGUAUUACAGUAAACGGGCAUUCAGUGGGUGGUCUUACUUUUGUCAAAGCGAGGCCUGUAAAGCGGAAGGCUGAGUCGGUUUAUUAUGUGAUCAAUUGAACCCUCCAGAGUGGGAAGUUAAAUGAAAUGCUGGUAAUAUUUGGCUGUAGCAAAGUUUAGUGAAAGUGUUUUUUACACACGUAUAAUUUUAGAUUUACUGGUACAUGAAGUGCGUUUCCUACCCUGGCACUUGACCAGCUUUCUGGUGUGUUACAACAGCUAAUCUGGUACCACUCUUAUGGUUAUGGAAUUUUUAAUUUACUAUAAUGCAAUAAUUUAUAAACAUGAGUUAAGGUGUAGUGAUGCUGAAGUAAUACAGUAAAAAUCAAAGCCAUGGCCAGGUCACACCUGUGACAAGUGAUGGAGAGCAAGUCUGUUUUGCAAAAUCCACAUUUGGUUCAAUAAAAUGUCUGCAGUUGA